UAAAAUUCAAAAUAGAGGAACUAACAGUCAGCGCUCAAGUGGGCAUUUUGUUAACUAAAAUGUGUUAGAACAAAACGAAAUUUUGAAAAUAUUCAAUGACUGACGAAUAAUACAAGCGAUUGUUUUUUAAAACCACACACCUAGUCAUCAUUUUGUUCAAACUUAAACUUCUCCAAUCAACUUUCAGCCAUCAAUAACUCUAACCUCAUUUGAUUAUCUAUGUCGCCAUCAUUUGGAUUUUUAGCUGUUCGUAAUAUUUAUUUUGCUGUCUGCACUGAACAGCUGUUUAAUUUCAGUCCUUGUAUCAUCUCGGCUGACCUACAGACCGUAUUGAAACUUAUGCCAGGAUAACAAUUAUUGGAUAUGGCUGCAUCUUUAGGUUUAGUUAUUAGGAAUAACUUUCCGGGAUUAUAUAAAACUGGAAAAUACGUUCUACAAAACCAUGGUGUUCUUUACUACUACAACUCGAAAGCAUCGUAUGCUGCGAGAUGGUUUCCGGAUCUCAGUGACAUGAAAUCUAGAACAGGUCCGUACCUGUUUCCAGAUGAUGAUCGUUAUAAAACUUGGACGCAUGAAGGGGCUUAUGAUGAAGGCUUGCCCCUUCCUAGAGAGAAAACUGUCAAAAAUGCCUUGAUCAAUUUCGGACCCCAACACCCAGCUGCUCACGGUGUGCUCAGAUUGGUCUUGGAGCUCGAUGGUGAACUUGUGGUGAGAGCCGAUCCUCAUAUUGGUCUCCUGCAUCGAGGCACUGAGAAGCUGAUCGAGUAUAAGACAUACACUCAAGCUCUGCCCUAUUUCGACCGCCUGGAUUAUGUAUCAGUGCUCUGCAACGAACAGUGCUACUCACUGGCCGUCGAGAAACUACUCAAUAUCGAUAUUCCACUCCGUGCUAAAUACAUCCGUAUGUUGUUCGCUGAAAUCACGCGAAUCCUGAACCACAUAAUGGGCAUCACGACGCACGCGUUGGACAUUGGAGCGAUGACACCGUUCUUUUGGCUGUUCGAGGAGCGUGAGAAGCUGAUGGAGUUCUGCGAGCGAGUGUCGGGCGCACGUCUGCAUUGCGCGUAUGUACGUCCUGGCGGUGUGGCGCAGGACCUGCCUCUGGGUCUGAUGGACGACAUCUACAACUGGAUGAUUGGCUUCCUGCCGCGUCUCGACGAGACUGAGGACAUGCUCAGCGGCAACCGCAUCUGGAAGUCGAGGACGGUUGACAUUGGUAUCGUUUCGGCAGAAGAUGCGCUUAACCUUGGUUUCAGCGGCGUGAUGCUCCGAGGUUCAGGAAUAAAAUGGGAUCUGAGGAAGACUCAGCCAUAUGAUGGUUACGAAUUGGUCGACUUCGAUAUCCCAGUUGGAGUGAAAGGAGAUUGCUAUGACAGAUACCUGUGUCGAGUCCACGAAAUGAGGCAAUCGUUGAGGAUUAUCGAGCAGUGUAUCAACCAGAUGCCGCCUGGCGAAAUCAAAACAGAUGAUGCCAAAGUUGCACCUCCAUCGCGCGAAGAGAUGAAAACAUCCAUGGAGGCGUUGAUUCAUCACUUCAAAUUGUUCAGCCAGGGCUACGCUGUUCCACCCGGCCAAACCUACACAGCAAUUGAAGCGCCCAAAGGUGAAUUCGGUGUGUAUUUAGUAUCAGACGGAAGCACUAAGCCAUACAGGUGCAAAAUAAAGGCUCCAGGCUUCGCUCAUUUGGCAGCUAUGGAUUUUAUCGGACGUCAUCUUUUCCUUGCUGACAUUGUCGCUAUCAUGGGUACAUUGGAUGUUGUGUUUGGAGAAGUUGACCGAUAAAUUCACAUCAGUAAGAAAAUUCAAUUUUUAUUGGAGAAAUACAUUAGAAAAAUCAUUCUGCAGUUCUAAUAAAUCUGCUUAUCAUUUGUACAGUAAUAGUCUAUCCACUCCAACUUGUUUGGCAUUCAAAUAAAAUUGUUUUAAUGUGA